AUGAAGGAUGAAAAAAGUAAUGCGGUCCGGCUGAAAAGAUCGAGGAAUGUGGAUCCAAUCUCUUUUUCAGAUAGUGACCUCCCAGGAUACCCGACUCGAAAUGACCCACUGGUGAUAACAGCUAAACUCAGGAAGUGGGAACUUCGGCGGAUCCUUGUGGAUCUAGGAAGCUCUUCAGAAAUCUUGUAUCGGCAAGCCUUCUUAGGCAUGGGUUAUGAAAUGACACAGUUGAGGGCAGCGAGGGUCCCUUUGGUAAGAUUUGAUGGUGAAGCCGUAUACUCAGAAGGGAUCAUUCAGCUCUCAUUGACGGUAGGGAGAGGUUCCCGGACUUCUCGAGUUAUGCUAGACAUCCUGGUAGCAGACGUGCCUUCGGCUUACAACAUGAUUCUAGGAAGAUCUGGUCUCAAUGCCCUUCGAGCCAUCCCAAGCACAUAUCAUAUGAUGAUGAAGUUUCCCACAGAUAGGGGGACGAGCGAAGUGCAGGGAGAAUUGCUCUUAGCCCGUGAAUGUUACAUGGCCUCUAUAGGUAUUGCGAAGGGUAAAAAAGCAGGGUCGCAGAAGGACGCUGACCCCCCGAAGGAGGUCAGUUUUCUACUAGAAGGACCCGAAGAUCCCAAAACAGCAGAGCCGGUGGAUGAAUUGGAAGAAGUACCUCUGGAAGAGGAUUGCCCAAGCCGAUGCGUAAGAGUGAGUAUGGAGUUAAAGGACCCGCUAAGGAGUCAAAUAAUAUCACUUCUUAGACAGUAUGGGGAUAUCUUCGCAUGGACAGCCCGGGACAUGCCAGGAGUAAAUCCAGAAGUAAUGACACACAGGCUGGGGGUCCGAUCAGGUUUUCAGCCUGUCAGGCAGAAGAAACGAAGCUUCGCCCCAGAUAGGGCUCAGGCAAUCGAGGAGGAGAUCGCAAAGUUAGCAGAUGCGCGCCACAUUCGGGAGGUGGAUUAUCCAGAUUGGUUAGCAAAUGUCGUGCUGGUUCCCAAAGGGCAGAGCAAGUGGAGACUUUGUAUCGAUUUCACCGAUCUUAACAAAGCCUGCCCAAAGGAUAGUUACCCACUCCCGAGGAUUGACGCCCUAAUUGAUGGAACUGCUGGAUGUUCGCUCAUGAGUUUCCUAGAUGCUUUUCAGGGAUAUCACCAGAUUCCAUUGCACCCGGAGGACCAGGAGAAGACGGCAUUCAUCACCAACAAGGCAACCUAA